AUGUUCCCGAUUAUUCCGACACACAUGCUAAACGGAACACCAUCGUCAACGUCGUUGGGUAAAAUGGCAUUGAAUCCCACCAGUUCCAGUUAUUCGAAUGCAUUUUGGAAUGUUUGGACCGAGGACUUUCUACGACGCAAGUACAUUUCGACCGCUUCGAGUGACCAUUGCUUGACAAAUCAUUCGAUCGAUGCCAUGACGACGACUGAGACGAAAACUCGUGACAGUAAACGAAUCAAAAUCGAACCAAAACCAAAUCGAGGAUCAUAUGCCGCUGAAGCGAUAGCCAAAGAUUCCAAAACCAGAUCAUUCGAUUGCAUCGACUUGAGUGGCACGGAACAAGAAGCCAAAAGCAAAAGUUUUAUUACCAUCGAUACAUCAUCGGGUUAUAUUGCAAACGAUCAACAUUACUCGGAGAGCACGUGGCUGCGUAGCCUAACACUGGCUCAUGACACAUAUAGUCAUAAUGCUCAAUUGGAAAUCACCAGCGAUCAUCGGUUGCGAGUGAAAAUCGUCAAGCAUUUAGUGAUUGACGAGGAGAUUCAAUUGUGGUUCUCCGAUGAAAUACUUGCCAUUUUGACCGUUCCAUUCCUAACACCCGCCAAUAUUUUAGGAAAAAACUGUUACAAAUGCAUCGAUUGUGAGAAAACGUACGAAAAUCCGAAUCCGUUAAAAAUUCACCUGGCAACAAAAUGUGAUCGAUACACGAUGGAUGACUUAUGGUCUCGACUCAACGCAAUUUUACCAUUAAAAUCGUACACAUUGGCACAGCCAAUCAGCCCAUUCCGCCACCAUCACCAUCACCACCACCACCAUCAGCCGACGACAACACCAAUCCAAAGCGCCGAAAAUUCAUCCAAACUGUUUCAAUCACUUGACACAUCGGAUCGUUUGCGUGCAACGUCCAUUCCAUCAUUUGUGCCUUCGUCGAGUCCACAUUUUGUUCCGCCAAUCACCAGCCAAUGUAUGACGACCACAAGUCUGGUGACUCCAUCGUCGUUUCAUCGUCAAUUUUCAUUGCAAAAUUUGCAUCAGUUAUCUGCCUUUCAACCCAUUCCAAUGUCACUAUCACCGCCACAAAUCCACCAAUUUGCCCCACAUUCUGCGCACAAUUUCCAUCAAAAUGCAGCGUCGUCGACAGUGAGUCAUUCAAUUCCACAGCCAUCAUCAAAUGCACCGAUGAAUACGGUGGUGUCACAAGGUGAAAAGGUUGUGGCCGCCGCGGCGGCUCAAUUGGAGACAAUCGUCAGCAAUAUGGGAACAUCGAAACAAGGACACAUUUGCAUUUACUGCGGUAAAUUGUAUUCAAGGAAAUAUGGACUUAAAAUUCACAUAAGAACACACACCGGAUUUAAGCCGCUCAAGUGCAAAUAUUGCCUGCGGCCGUUCGGUGACCCAAGCAAUUUAAACAAACACAUUCGAUUACAUGUUCAGGAGAAAUCACUCUACAAAUGCCAUGUGUGUAGCAAAAUUUUAGUACGACGUCGAGAUUUGCUGCGUCACAUGAAUAUUAAGCACAAUGUAACGACAGCAGAAGGCAGUACGUCAGAAGGGCAAUUUAGCGGCGAAUGUGAAAGUAGCAACGACAACAUGACCCAACACUCGACAAAUGGUUUCAACGAAACCAACAGCAGCCGAAGUAAUAGUGUCUGCGAUAUUAGUUCAAACGAAGAUGAUGACGAUGAUGAUUAUGACGUAAGAGUCGAUGUCGAUUAA